AUGAAGCAAGGCUGUACUAACGGCGACUGCAUCGAUCCGAGUGUCGUUUGUGACGUAUGCGCAACAGCCAAGCAAGUGCGCAAGACAUUUAACAGCAACGAAGCAGAUACCGCAGCAAGGAAGAGUCACCGCGAAGACUCGGUAGUGUGUUCGGAUGUUUUAGGGCCUGUGUCACAGGCUUCCAAGUCGGGCUACCGCUACGUCGUGACCUUCGUGAUGAUGAAGAGUCUCUUUGUGAUGGUUUAUCCGCUGCGAAAGUAA